AUGACUCAGAUCGUCGAUGUUCCUCCUGUAUCCGACCUGGAGAACCCACAAGAGAAGGGCAUUGCUAGCGAUGAUGUAUCUAUGGCGGAGGAUGAGAAGAAGUAUGACACCACACCUGCCUACAGGCAGGAUGCUUUUGGCGAUGAGUCGAAUGCGGAGGUGAAGUAUAAGGUCAUGGAGUGGUGGCAAUGUGGUUUGCUGAUGGUUGCCGAAACUGUGUCUCUGGGCGUUCUGUCGCUGCCUGCUGCUGUCGCCGGUCUGGGCCUGAUUUCUUCUAUCAUUCUUCUGGUUAGUCUGGGUAUUGUAUCUAGCUACACGGGGUACGUGAUCGGGCAGUUCAAAUUUCGUUACACUCAUAUUAGUAACAUGAGUGAUGCGGGCGAGGUGCUCUUUGGCAGUUGGGGUCGUGAGAUUCUUGGAGCAGCCCAGCUGCUAUUCCUGGUCUUCGUCAUGGCUAGUCAUCUUCUCACCUUUGUGAUUGCCAUGAAUACGAUCACGAACCACGGUACCUGCUCAAUUGUUUUUGGUGUGGUGGGCAUGGUUGUUUCGUUCAUCCUGUCCUUGCCUCGGACACUGGCGAAGAUGUCCUGGCUCUCUCUAGUUUCUUUUACCAGUAUCAUUUCCGCGGUGAUUAUUUGCAUCAUCGGCGUAGGCAUCAAGCACUCCGGUGAAAAGGUCAUGGCGACUGUCGACACGGACUUGGUCCAUGGGUUCUCCGCCGUCACUAACAUCGUCUUUGCUUUCUCCGGACACGCCGCCUACUUCGGUCUCAUGGCCGAAUUGAAAGAUCCCCGCGACUACCCGAAGGCCCUGAUGCUGCUGCAGAGCGUCGAUAUUUGCCUUUAUAUCCUCGCCGCCAUCGUCAUCUACGUCUACGGCGGCGCAAACGUGUCUUCACCCGCCCUUGGUUCGGCCAGCUCCGUGGUCUCCAAGGUAGCCUACGGCAUUGCUUUGCCUACUAUUAUCAUCGCAGGCGUCAUUAACGGCCACAUCGCUUUCAAAUACGUCUACAUCCGCAUCUUCGCCGGCACAGACCGCAUGCAUAAGCGCGACUGGGUCGCCGUCAGCUCCUGGGUCGGCAUCGCCCUCUCCCUCUGGAUCGUCGCCUGGAUCAUCGCUGAAGCCAUUCCCGUCUUCAGCAAUCUGUUGAGUUUAAUCACUGCCCUCUUCGCCUCUUGGUUCACCUACGGCCUCAGUGGUAUCUUCUGGCUCCACCUCAACUGGGGCAAGUGGUCGUCCUCCCCGCGCAAAAUGUUCCUGACAGUCGUCAAUCUCUUCUGCGUGGCCUUUGGCGCUGUGCUCUGUGGUCUGGGAUUGUACGUGUCCGGAAAGGCAAUCCAUGAUAACCCCAGCAGCGCGAGCUUCUCGUGCGCGAACAAUGCUUAG